GAAGCAUUGAAAUAUGGCCGACAGAGAUACAGCGGACUGAGUUUUAGUACUUGCAAGUUUUAUAAUUAUGAUAUUUAAUUAGAAUUCCAUCUCUUCACUUUUGUAACAACUGCAUUAACCUUUAAUCCAAGUUUUGUGUCACCGCGAGUAGUAGUUAUCUCCAGGAAACGAUGGACAAUGUGCCCUAGUAACUGUCAUUGCUCUCGCCCAUUUCCUUUGUGAACCAAAUUGCUCCGUUUUCUGUGUCCGCGAAGUUCUUCUGAACCAUGACUUACAACUAAAGUGUUAAUGUAAUAUAAGUGAUCUUUACUAGUUCUAAGUGUUCUAACAAUGUUUGUAAAGUGCAUUUGAUAUCCGUUUGGUUAGGUUCAGCCGGAAGUAGUGCUAGUAGUAGUAGCCGGAAUCUGGUUAGACAUCGAGCUUAUUGAGUGCGGUUUAGUAGUUUUGAGUAAUUCGGUGCUUAUAAUGAAAUAAUGGUUGAAAUAGGCGCUCCUCCGCAGCCACCUGAAGAAUGUCUUGAAAACUGUGAAUGGUACUGGGGUGACAUCACAAGAGAUGAGGCAAAUGAAAAACUUAGAGAUACCCCUGAUGGCACUUUCUUAGUUCGAAAUGCAUCAAAUAAAGGCAGCGGAUAUACAUUGACUGUCCGCAAAGGAGGAACCAACAAAUUGAUAAAGAUAUACUAUCAAGAUGGACGCUAUGGAUUCUGUGAGCCAUUCCAGUUUGCUUCUGUUGUGGAACUGGUCAGGUUCUACACGCAGUGCUCCCUCGCACACUGCAACCGCAACCUGGACAUCACUCUUAUGUACCCUUUGUUACGAUCCCAAGAAAAUGAUGGAGGUGAAAAUGACAGUGAAGAAACACUCGAAGCAGAAUAUAAAAACAUACAUAAACAAUAUGUCCUUAAAACAAGGAACUUUGAUGACUGUUCUGACAAAUACAUGAGAUUGAGGGAAGAAGUUAAAGCUAAGAAACAAGCUCUAGAUGCAUUCAAUGAGACUGUUAAAGUUUGUGAGGAACAUCUCCGAUAUCAAGAUGAAAUGCAGUCUAAAGCACAACCACAUGAAAAAACAGAUCUUAUACAAAAUAACAAGCAGUUAAUAUCAAGAGUGAAUAGCUUGAAGCAAGCAAGUUAUGAUCUGCACAAUUUACUUCGGGUUACUGUCAAAGAAAACUUGAAGCUUGAGAGAGAGAUAACUCAAUUGAAGCCACAAAUAGUAGACCUCUUCAAGAAAAAAGAUCUGCACAAAAUAUGGCUCCAAAGGCGUGGUAAGACUGAUGAGUAUUUAACAAAUUUAGAGGAGGAUAACAUACAUAAGUUAGAAGAGUUAUAUGCACAUCGUGAAAUGAAAAGUUGGAUGGUGGAAAAUUGCACUCGCGCCCAUGCAGAGAAAAUUCUAGAUGGAAAACCUACAGGCACAUUUCUAAUACGCCCAAACUCUGGAGGGAAACUUGCACUAUCCAUAUGUUGCAACAACAUUGUCUACCAUUGCAUUAUAUUCGAGACUGAAAGAGGUUACGGUUUUGCAGAACCAUAUAAUGUUUACAAGACAUUAAAUGAGCUUGUUCUACAUUACGCCAUUAACUCGCUAGAUGAACACAACGACCAACUCCGUACCACACUCAAAUAUCCCAUCAAUGCUCAUCUAGUUAGCAAGCCGGAGAAGAAACAGUCACAUGAAAGUGAACACCUGGAAGGCCAUCAAAAUCAAUCAAACCAUCAAAUGGAGUGCCAGACUUCACACCAGCAGAGACCCAGGCAGUAGUACCAAAUGAUACUUUAUGUGAGUCUUGCUAAAUCUAGUCUUCUAUUUAUAGAUAGAUGACUGGUGUGAUCUUUCACAUAUGUGAUAAAGGUAUCAUGAGGUUCAAGUCAUUCCUGUAUGUAUAAACAGAUGUACUGAUCUCAUGUUCC